AUGAAGCUUUCAAUUUUCCUCUCAAUUGCUGGAUUCGGAUCACAAGCACAAGAACGAUGUGGUCACAUUCAAUUCGGAAGACCCUCUCAGUUUGCACCAGUCAGUCUUUCCAGUUAUCCUGGAUCUGGCAAUACCUGGGUUAGGUAUUUGAUCGAAGAAUAUACAGGCUACUACACAGGAAGUGUUUACCACGACGGCAAAUUGUAUCGAGGCGGCUUCAAGGGCGAGAAAGAAGACUGGAGCGAAGGUAGGGUAGUGAUAACAAAGACACAUACUUUUAGGCCAGAAGACAAUCCGCUUACAGAUGCUGUCAUGCUCAUUAGAAACCCAUACGAUUGCUUCCUUUCGGAAUUUAACAGAGUAACGAGUGGAAGUGAUCAUACUGGGAUAGCAUCAAAUGCUGAUUUCAUGGACUCGAAAUGGGUAGAGCGAGAUUUUCCAAAGCUGGCUUCUCGAUGGCUUCGGCUGUACACAAAUCUUCUCAGCAGUGGCAACGAAAUUUUACCGAUUAUUUACGAAGAAAUGAAGGCUGAUCCAAAGACAGAAAUGAAGAAGAUCGUCGAUUUUCUGGACGUUCACACGGACUACGAGUCCAAAUACGACUGCCUCUUUGGGGAUAAUUCGAUGAGAUUCAAGCGUUCUAGCGACCGGGAAUACGACCCUUACUUAUACAUCGACCAAGAUCGACUUAAGCCAGUAAAUCAAGCAAUCAUGGAGCUUUCCAAUUUGCUCAACAGUACCCAUGGCAUUGAACUCCCGAUGACAUAUCUAAGGGACAUCUACUAA